AUGUCACUUCUCGUUGAUAAGCUGCGUCCCAAGACGCUUGAUUCACUCACAUACCACCCAGAUCUCUCGGCUCGCCUCCGAUCCUUGGCUCAAAGCGGCGACUUUCCCCAUUUGUUGGUUUAUGGACCAUCAGGUGCUGGCAAGAAGACACGCAUCAUUGCAACCCUAAAAGAACUCUACGGCCCUGGAGUUGAAAAAAUCAAGAUUGACGCCCGAGUAUUCCAAACAACGAGCAACCGAAAGCUAGAGUUUAACAUCGUCUCCUCGGUCUAUCAUCUCGAAAUUACACCCGCCGAUGUCGGAAAUUACGACCGGGUCGUCAUUCAAGAGCUGCUCAAGGAGGUUGCACAGACGCAGCAGGUGGAUCUUUCCGCAAAGCAGCGGUUCAAGGUGGUGGUGAUUAACGAAGCCGAUCAUCUUACCCGCGAUGCCCAGGCUGCCCUGCGUCGCACUAUGGAGAAAUACAGCCCGAACUUGCGUUUAAUUCUUUUGGCCAACAGCACUUCUAAUAUCAUUGCGCCAAUUCGUUCCCGUUGUCUGCUGGUCAGAGUUGCGGCGCCCACGGAAGAGGAUAUUUGCUGUGCUCUUCGCAUUGCUGCGAAGAAGGAGGGCUGGGUUGGGGCAGAUGGAUUGAACAAGCGUAUUGCACGGGAUAGUGGGCGGAAUCUACGGCGUGCAUUGCUCAUGUUUGAGUCUGUUUAUGCACAAAAUGAGAAAGUCACAGACAGUACUCUUAUUCCACCGCCGGACUGGGAGGCUUUGAUCUCUCUUGUUGCAGAUGAGAUUCUUGCAGAACGCUCGCCCGCUCGACUGUUGCAGGUCCGAGCCCGUCUCUACGAUCUGUUGACUCAUUGUAUUCCUCCAUCAACUGUUCUCAAGACCUUGACCUUCAAGCUUGUUGCGAAGGUUGAUGAUGCCCUCAAAGCCGACGUCAUCAAGUGGUCUGCAUUCUAUGAGCACCGAAUCAGACUGGGCAGUAAAGUGAUUUUCCACCUUGAAGCUUUCGUGGCCAAGUUUAUGCGCAUUUACGAAAGCUACUUGAUGGGUAUGGAUUUUUAG